CAGUUAUCAGUCUGAAAGCACUCGCAGCAGUCGGCCAGAAAUUCUGGCAUAUAUUUUUGGAUUCAAAUUCGGAUGGCUGACAUGCUGUUGGACUGUUGAAAAGCGGCUUAAAUACAAGAGUACGAGCGAGCAAAGACUAGGACACAAUGGAGAUGCAACUGGGAGCCAUGCUGUAUGUGUACAAGGGGGAGUACGGACUGCCGUCCAUAGAUUUUGAAUGUUUACGUGCUCUGUGCCUCCUGCGAUUCACCCGCUGCCCCAUGGACGUGCAGACCAGCUCCAAUCCGCUGCGUUCGGGAGCCGGAAAGCUGCCGUAUCUGCAGAUCGGCAACCAGAAGUUCGCGGGCUAUAGGCAAAUUAAGCGCGUGCUGGAUCUCGAGGGUUACCCGAUAGAUGCGCAUUUAAGCACUAAACAAAAGCAUUUGUCCACCGCCUACGCCAACUGGGUGUUCAACAAUCUGCAUGCCUACUACCACUACUUCCUGUUCGGAGAGCCCAACAAUUUUGACACAACCACGCGGGGCCUCUACGCCAAGCGCACGCCAUUCCCCUUCAACUUCUACUACCCGUCGUCCUACCAAAGGGAAGCCUGCGACGUGGUCCAGGUGAUGGCCGGUUUCGAUGUGAACGACAAGUUGGACAAGCACGAAGGCGACUACCUCGUUGUCAAUGCCAAAAAGGUAGUGAAUCUACUGUCCCGGAAAUUGGGUCGCAAGGUGUGGUUCUUUGGCGACACCUACAGCGAGUUUGAUGCCAUUGUCUACAGCUAUCUUGCCAUCAUCUUUAAGAUCACACUGCCCAACAAUCCACUGCAGAAUCACAUUAAGGGCUGCCAGAACCUAGUGAACUUUAUCAACCGCAUCACGAAGGACAUAUUCCGCAACGAGGGAUACAGUUCCGUCAAGCUCACAAAGACACCCAGUGGCACGGAGGCCAGUCUGACGGCCUCGGAGCGCAACUUCCUGGACUCCGACCUGAACACCAAAAUAGUGGCCGGCGUUGGAGCCGUCUUAGCAAUGGGAGCGUUUGCGGCAUGGCGUGGGAUUUACAACCAGCUAACGACACGCUCUUCGACGGACUACGAUGGCAUAGAUUACGAGGAUGACGAGAUGGAGGAGGGCCUAGACUAAUCGCAUCUCUGCAACGAUAUCUAUGUGUAUAGUAUAAUAUUUUAAAAUACAAUGUGUGGGGAUGAAGCACAAAAACUGUCCAGCUUUAAAGGUUUGCCUAAACACUGAAGGAGAUCGAUUUACUUGGCAUAAAUCUUUGGAAUUUCGCCAGGUAAUGAUACUCUCGUCGUAAAUAGCGUUUCGUUCCAAAGAUUUGCCAAACAAAUCGACCUAGUAUGAAUAUUCGAUUUAUGUAUUAUAGUUCGAAUUCGUUUUUAAACCGUCUUGUAUAAAAUAGGAUUUUAAAGUCAUCUGAGCGUAAUAAAAUUGGAUAACAGAGCCCUGUUGUCAUGGAAAAGCA